AUAUUGUUUGCUUUAGAGUUUCAAGCCCACACAAUUUCAAAACGUGCUAGCUGGUGAAGAGGACCAAAUAUAUUAAAUGGCGGAACUCCAUCGGGCCUCCGAUGUGGGAUUGCUUUCACAACAUUUAUAACUUUUUAUAGAUUUAAAAAUCAUAAAGAGGUAUAGUAUUCACAAAAAAGCACCUAGCGGUGCUGUAGAUCGAGUGACGGCGAGCAAAUUCUCUGCUGUUUCGGCGGAAUCAUAAGCAGACGUAGUCAGCAACAGUUGAGUUAUAUCAACACCAGGUUUUUCAUCAGGCUGCUUUGGUGGUUUUGAUGCCACGAUCGCGCAAUGCAAUUCUUGCCACGGGCUUAGUGGCUUUUGCUGCGGCAGGCUUGGCAUUUCCCUUUUUCAUGGCGUCGUCAGGGACCAAGCCUGUUAUUGAUUCUUCAAAGCCGCUGCCACCGCAAGCUACUUUUCGAGGGCCAUACAUAAACACUGGUUCCCGUGACGUUGGCCCUGACCAUCAAACUUACCCAAAGAAAUGAUUAUUUGCUAAAAAGCUGUUUGUUGACAUGAAUUUCAUGCUGUGUUUAUCAAAGAUUCGAGUCCAUGUAGUUAUUGACCACUUUCCAGAAGGCGUACUUGAUUAGUAAACAAUAGGUGUAAAAAGCAGCUUGGAAAUAAUUUGUAUCGCAUGAUCAUUUAUUGGAUUGGAAAUAUGGAAUCAGAGGGGAUUUUGUUA